AUGGCGAGACUCGGAACGAUAUUCCUGUUUAUUGCGGCGUUUAUUUCUCUAAUUUCGGCGCAGUGCAACCACAGGACAGCGGCCCCGUACUUCAAGAGAUCCAUCUACGAGUUUACAUUGGACUUAGUCAAGAGGAUUAACCAAGAAACUGAGAGCCAUUUCGUCGCUUCCGCGUUAUCGCCAUGGACCCUGCUAGCUGGUAUGUCGCUGGGCGCGUCUGACACGACACUGCAGGAAAUAAAAGAAGUACUCCAGAUGCAUCCUCACAAAUGCUUCAACAACAUAUACUUCGACCUCGUAAAACAAGUGACUGCGAAGCCCACCAACCCGACAGCAUGUAUGCUGGAACGCAGCUCCACCAUGUUCUUCGAUGACAGUAUCUUCGUGAAGCCAAAGUUCUUGGACGACGUGUCCAAGGUGGGUAUCUGUGAUGCUAGGAUCGUGUCUUUUGUAGAUACAGUCGAGACAUCCGCGAUUAUUAACGAUCAUGUUCGAAGGGUUACAAAUGAAGCUAUAGACGAAAUUGUUACCCCGAAUGAUUUAGACGGAGUUGUAACAGUUAUGAUUGACGCUCUGUACUUCAAAGGAGCUUGGAAAGUACCUUUCCCUUACGAAGACACUGAAACUAGUGCGUUUUACAAUGAUAGAGGACAGCAGGUUGGGGACGCGUCUCUGAUGUACGUGAGUGGAAGUUUCAAUGUCACGUCAGUUGAACAAAUAAACGCGCGAGUGUUGGAACUCCCGUACGGAGAUGAUAGCAGGUACUCUAUGCUGAUAUUCCUACCAAACGCUAACGUCACCCUUACAAGUAUGAUAGAAGCGAUGAAAUCCAUCAGUAUUAGCUCCAUCUUUAUUUUGUACAACCAGCACAGAGCGACGACUGUCGACGUUCAGAUUCCAAGGUUCAAGAUAUCUUCUGACAUUGACAAUUUGAAGGAGCUCCUCAUUGACAUGGGUAUUCGAAGUGCGUUUGAUUCACAAGCUAACUUCCUUGGUAUAUCUGACUACCAGAUGUACUUGUCGAACUUUAUCCAGAAGGCUGAUAUAGAAGUGACGGAGGAUGGUACGGUGGCGGCGGCUGCUACUGCAGCGUUCUUCGAAGCGAGGAUGUUACCCGACCAGUUUGUUGCUAACAAGCCGUUCUUGUUCAUGAUCGUAGAUAGAGUUUUGCACGUCCCCAUAUUCACGGGAGCUUACUCGAAACCCAGUGUUUUCUGA